AUGAACUCGCGAGCCCGAGCCUCCACGCUUUUCUUCCCUGUUCUCCGCGUCAAGAUCGACAGUGCCAGUGCCCAUGCUGCGUUCCGGGGCAGAGGCGCUGCUGCGGCGGCUGCGCCACUCCAAUCUGGGCGUGGCAAUUUGCCAUCCGGAGGAAAUGCCAACUACUGUGGUUGGGCUUUUGCUGAUUCAGUUCUGCACCGGCUGGCACCUCUCUGGAUUGGGGCACGAGGGCUUGAAUUUAAUUGGGAGUACAUAUUCCGAGGACUUGAAGCAAAUGCCAAUCUUGUGAUGACCCUCUCCCUUGCUGCAUUAGGAUCCUUGAUGUGUCUGAGGAAGAACAAACCUAGGACUUUAAUUCCAAUAAUUUAUGCAUGUGCUCUACUUCUGGAAACAAUGCCAUCUAUCACCAGGUUAUCCCACUAUCACGCUGCAGUAACCCUCAAAGGGAAUAAUUAUCAUGCUCCAACAUAUGUUGAUAUUCUUAUUUCCUUUUUUAAGAAACAGUUCUUGGUUAUGCCGGUGAAUCUAGCAGGAUUCGCGUUGAUGUAUGCGCAAAAUUUAAGUAGAAGUGACAUUCAAUUUUUAACUAUAUAA